AUGAAGCAAUCAAAAGAUGAUAUGUGUCGAAGCGAAGAAUUACUGAUGUUUGAAUUUCCGUUUAAAAGCGAUUUUGAUUUCGGUGCGGAACUUGGAUCCUCUGCACAGCAUCCUUUUUCUCUUCGCAGUCGUUUACGCGAAGUUCGAGAUGCAUUUCGAGGAUUCCGGUAUCACCAACAGUUUUGUCAUGUUUUGAUCAAAAUAACCGUUCUUACCGUAAAUGAAAUAUCCAUCGCAUUGGUUAGUUUACUAACGGCACAACUGUCGGAUAGAUUAAUACAAAUGGUCUUUGCUGAUUGCUUGCUUGCUUAA